GAAUUCGCGGUAAAUUUUUUUCAAAUAAAUAAUCGCAAAAUGGAAGUAUAUCGAAGUGGGAAAGAAAUGGACAUUGGCACAGAUGAGGAAGAUUUGAAUGGAAUUAAUUCAGGCAAUACCUCUUCUUCAGCCGUGGACCAAUUGGAGUUUAAAAGCAAAAUAGAGGCUGAUCGUAGCAAGCGCUUUGAAUUUUUAUUGAAACAAACUGAAAUAUUUACGCAUUUUAUGAGUAACAAUGUGAAAAAUCCUACAAAAUCAAAGGGAAAACAAAAAAAAGACAAACAAUCCCCAAGUGUAGUAGAGCAUCAGGAACGAACAGAAAAGAAAAUCAAACAGUUAUUCAAUUUCCAAAAUUCACCGCCAUAUAUUAAAAAUGGCGAAUUGCGCGACUAUCAAAUACGUGGUCUAAAUUGGAUGAUUUCCUUAUACGAAAAUGGCAUCAAUGGCAUACUGGCUGACGAAAUGGGUUUAGGUAAAACCUUGCAAACGAUUUCGAUGUUGGGCUAUUUGAAACAUGUCAAGAAUCAAGGCGGCCCUCACAUUGUUGUCGCACCCAAAUCGACUCUUCAAAGUUGGUUGAAUGAAUUCGAGAAAUGGUGUCCAUCUUUAGACGUCGUUUGCCUGAUAGGUCAAAAGGAUGAGCGCCAGGUUUUGCUAAAAAAACUUCUGUUGCCAGGUGAAUGGGAUGUAUGCGUCACUUCGUAUGAAAUGUGUAUACGUGAAAAAUCAGUUUUCAAAAAGUUUAAUUGGCGUUACAUGAUUAUCGACGAAGCGCAUCGUAUAAAAAAUGAAAAAUCCAAGUUAUCAGAAACGUUGCGUGAAUUUAAAACACAAAGUCGCUUAUUGAUAACGGGCACACCUUUUCAAAAUAACUCGCAUGAAUUGUGGGCUUUGCUGAAUUUUUUGUUGCCUGAUGUCUUUAAUUCCUCUGAAGAUUUCGAUUCAUGGUUUAACACUAAUACGUGUUUAGGUGAUAAUGCUUUAAUACAGCGUUUACAUGCCGUAUUGAAACCUUUCCUCUUGAGACGCUUGAAAUUAGAAGUGGAAAAUGGGCUAAAGCCGAAAAACGAAAUUAAAAUAUCUGUAGGCCUUUCGAAAAUGCAGAGGGAAUGGUAUACUAAAAUAUUGAUGAAGGAUUUUGACAUUAUUAAUGGAGUAGGUAUGAUGGUAAAGAUGAGAUUGUUGAAUACUUUAAUGCAGCUACGCAAAUGUACCAAUCAUCCUUAUUUAUUCGAUGGGGCUGAACCCGGUCCACCUUACACUACCGAUACUCAUUUGGUUAAUAAUUCUGGUAAAAUGGUUAUUCUUGAUAAAUUGUUGCCAAAACUACAGGCUCAAGGCUCGCGGGUUUUAAUAUUUUCCCAAAUGACUAGAAUGUUGGAUAUAUUAGAAGAUUAUUGUUUGUGGCGUAAUUAUCAAUAUUGUCGUUUGGACGGACAGACUCCCCAUGAAGAUCGAAAUCGCCAAAUUCAAGAUUAUAAUAUGGACAACAGUACCAAAUUCAUUUUCAUGUUGUCGACUCGUGCCGGUGGUUUAGGCAUAAAUUUGGCCACAGCCGAUGUGGUCAUCAUCUACGAUUCAGAUUGGAAUCCCCAAAUGGACUUGCAGGCAAUGGAUCGCGCUCAUCGCAUUGGCCAAAAGAAACAAGUACGUGUUUUUCGGUUCAUUACGGAGAACACGGUAGAAGAAAAAAUAGUCGAAAGGGCGGAGGCAAAGUUGCGUUUAGACAAAUUAGUUAUACAAGAAGGACUUCUGCGUGGCAGUGCUGGCCAUAGUUUGAAAAAAGACGAAAUAAUAGAAAUAAUGCGCUUUGGUGCGAACCAUAUUUCCGCUCUUAAAGAGUCUGAAUUCACUGACGACGACAUUGAUGCUCUCCUUGCGAGGAUCGAUAUUAAGACUGGUGAAGAUACGCUCCAACUAGAUACGCUGACCGAAAGCUCUUCUGGUAUUUUGAAGCCGCAAGGGCAAGUCACAAUGAUUGAUCAGGAGGAUUUCGCAAAGAAAAAAAGAGAACGGAAUAGGACGACUAGAAGUUCUGAAACGUCAGCUAGAACCCAACAAACUAAUGGUCACAAACGUAAAUCUGAUGUAUUUGCUAAUAAAGAGAAUAACGUUGGAAGCAAAAAACGAAAAAUUCGCUAAAAGGACUUCUUAGUGCUAAGCUCAUUUUGCACGCGACAAUACUUUUGUAGGGCAAUUCACAGUCCAUAGGUAGUUCCAUACGACCCUUUUGAACAACCGCGCUAACUAUAGAAGAACUACAAAUAACAUAAAUCAGUAGCAAAAACUAUGCCAUUUUUAAAACAUUGUCACUUAUUUCU